CCCACCCGGAAGUGGCGCGCGCGGGGCCUGUGGCUGCGGUGGGGCUGGUGCGUCCGCGCUUCGACACCGGCGCAGAACCAUCAUGAAAAUGUUUACUUUGAUGCCAGAAAUGUAACUUCACUAGGAGCUAAUCCUCCAGUUACUUGAAGAUACUCUGUCCUUAGCUGAAUACUGGAACUCAUUAGACAAUGGGCACUGCAUACUAAGCAGGGGUGGAAGACUGAAGCCCAUUUGGGGACAGAAUGAGUUUAAAAGAUGCUGAUAGUGCAGUUUGCCAGGCAAAGGCAGCCUAUAACCUUCAGAUUUACCCCCAACUCUCAACAGAAAGUGCUCCCUGCUGCAAAGUGACAGCAACCAAGGACAGCACAUCAUCAGAUGUCAUCAAGGACGUGAUCAGCAUCUUAAACUUGGAUGUCUCCAAACAUUAUGUGCUUGUGGAGGUGAAAGAAUCUGGAGGAGAGGAAUGGGUACUUGAUAUAAAUGAUUCUCCUGUUCACAGGGUUUUGCUUUGGCCUCGUCGUGCUCAGGACGAGCAUCCACAGAAGGAUGGCUACUACUUUCUCUUGCAAGAGAGGAACACUGAUGGGACCAUCAAGUAUGUGCAGAUGCAGUUGCUCUCCAAGGAGACGGACGCUCGGAGGUUGGUGGAACGGGGUUUUCUUCCGUGGCACCAGGAGGACUUUGACGACUUGUGCAAUCUCCCUAACCUGACAGAGACAACACUCCUGGAGAAUCUCAAAUGCCGCUUCUUAAAGCACCGAAUUUACACUUAUGCAGGAAGUAUCCUGAUUGCAAUUAACCCCUUCAAGUUCCUGCCCAUCUACAAUCCCAAAUAUGUCAAGAUGUACGAGAAUCAUCAGCUGGGGAAGUUGGAGCCUCAUAUUUUUGCCAUUGCCGAUGUGGCCUAUCACACAAUGCUUAAAAAACAUGUGAAUCAGUGCAUUGUUAUAUCAGGUGAAAGCGGAUCUGGGAAAACCCAAAGCACAAACUUUUUAAUUCACUGUCUCACGGCUCUGAGCCAGAAAGGGUACGCCAGUGGUGUGGAGAGAACCAUCCUGGGAGCUGGACCAGUCUUGGAGGCAUUUGGAAAUGCAAAAACAGCACAUAACAACAACUCCAGUCGUUUUGGGAAGUUCAUUCAAGUCAACUAUUUAGAGAAUGGUAUUGUCAGGGGGGCUGUUGUUGAAAAAUACCUGCUUGAAAAAUCUCGUCUGGUUUCUCAAGAGAAAGAUGAAAGGAACUACCAUGUCUUCUAUUAUUUGCUACUUGGAGUCAGUGAGGAAGAACGUAAAGAAUUUCACCUCAAGCAACCUGAAGAUUAUUUCUACCUCAACCAGCAUAACUUGAAAAUUGAAGAUGGGGAAGAUCUCCAGCAUGAAUUUGAGAGGUUGAAACAAGCCAUGGAGAUGGUUGGCUUCCUUUCAGCAACAAAGAAACAGAUUUUUUCAAUACUUUCAGCUAUUCUCUACUUGGGUAAUGUCACAUACAAGAAGAAAGCCACGGGUCGGGAUGAAGGGUUGGACGUGGGACCUCCUGAAGUGUUGGACAUUCUUUCCCAGCUGUUAAAAGUUAAACGAGAAAUCCUGGUAGAAGUGCUAACAAAAAGAAAAACUGUGACUGCUAAUGAUAAGCUUAUUUUGCCUUAUAGUCUCAAUGAGGCAAUAACAGCUCGUGAUUCCAUGGCAAAGUCCCUGUACAGCGCUCUGUUUGAUUGGAUUGUUCUAAGAAUCAAUCAUGCACUUCUUAAUAAGAAGGACAUGGAGGAAUCAGUUACAUGUCUGUCGAUUGGUGUACUUGAUAUCUUUGGAUUUGAAGAUUUUGAAACCAACAGUUUUGAACAGUUCUGCAUAAAUUAUGCAAAUGAGCAGCUUCAGUAUUAUUUCAAUCAGCACAUUUUCAAAUUGGAACAGGAGGAAUAUAAGAGUGAAGGGAUCACUUGGCACAAUAUUGACUAUACUGAUAAUGUGGCCUGCAUUCACUUAAUCAGCAAGAAGCCCACUGGCCUGUUCUAUCUUCUGGAUGAAGAAAGCAAUUUUCCACAUGCCACCAACCAAACUCUACUGGCGAAAUUCAAACAACAGCAUGAGGAGAACAAGUUCUUUGUUGGAACCCCGGUGAUGGAGCCCGCUUUUAUCAUCCGCCACUUUGCUGGAAAAGUGAAAUACCAGAUCAAAGAUUUCAGGGAGAAGAACAUGGAUUACAUGAGGCCGGAUAUCGUGGCUCUGCUGCGGGGCAGCGACAGUGCGUUUGUGCGGGAGCUCAUCGGGAUGGACCCUGUGGCCGUGUUCCGCUGGGCCGUGCUGCGUGCGGCCAUCAGGGCCAUGGCUGUGUUUGCAGAGGGGGGACAUCAGAGGGCUCAGAAAACUGCAGGAGUGGUACGUCAAGGACCCAGAGUUCCCCUUGCUGAACUCCAGAGAUCCAAUACUCCAGUAGAAAAAGUUUAUCGAGACAUACAUGAGCAGAUCAUCGCCAGUAUUAAAGGACUGCCCUGGCAGGGGGGGGAUCCCUGCAAGCUGCUUCGGUCACUCAGCCACCUUCAACACCGCUCCCACUUCAUGAAAAGUAAAGGUAUCAAACAGAAGCAGAUCAUUCCCAAGAACUUGCUGGAUUCCAAAUCGCUGAAGCUCAUAGUGAGCAUGACUCUGCACGACCGAACCACGAAGUCCCUUUUGCACUUGCACAAGAAGAAGAAACCCCCCAGCAUAAGUGCCCAGUUCCAGAAUUCACUUAAUAAGUUACUGGAGACCCUGGGCAGAGCUGAGCCCUUCUUCAUCCGCUGCAUCCGCUCCAACGCCGAGAAGAAAGAAAUGCUUUUUGAUGAAAACUUGGUGCUUCAGCAGUUACGGUACACGGGCAUGCUAGAAACUGUGAGGAUCAGGAGGUCUGGCUACAGUGCCAAAUACACAUUCCAGGAAUUCAUAGACCAAUUUCAGGUGUUACUGCCCAAAGAUGCCAAAGCCUCUAAGGAAGACAUUUGUGCUUAUUUGAAUAAACUAAAACUGAAUGAAAGCUACUAUCAAAUAGGGAAGACCAAGGUUUUUAUGAAAGAGGCUGAAAGGCAGAUACUACAGGAUACACUACACAAAGAAGUGAUCAGGAAAAUCAUUCUUCUCCAGAGCUGGCUCAGGAUGGUUUUGGAAAGGAGGCGCUUUCUCAGGACACGGCAGGCGGCCAUUGUUUUACAGGCCUGCUGGCGUUCCCGCUGUAUCAGGAUGGCCCUGCAGAGGAGCAAUGCUGCCAUCGAGAUCCAGGCAGCCUGGAGACAGUACCGGGAGCGGAAACACUUCCUGCAGCACAGGAGGAGGAUUUGUCUCCUGCAGGCCCUGGUCAGAGGGCACCUGACACGUAAGAGAUAUCAGGAAAGGGCUGUAGAAAGGCAGAAAGCUGAAGAAAAGCAGAGAGAAAUGCAGGAAGAUGAAGACAGAGAGGAUGAUAAGAGCAAGCAUGAGCAGAGUGAGCCAGCAACACAUGAGCUACCUGUGAAACAUGAAACAGAGCUGGAUCAGAAUGAACAAGCUGAAGAUCGAGCUCAGAAUGAACAAGCUGAAAGCCUAGGUUCAUCUGAAAACCUGAGCUCAUCUGAGAUAGCCACAUUACUCCAGAAGAACACGACAGAGGGCUCGGAGAAAGUAACCACCAGCCGGGAGAAGAGGGAAUCUCGUCGGCAGAGGGGGCUGGAGCACAACGACUUGCAGAACAAGCACGUCCUGUUGUCCUUCGAAGGACCAUCUUUGCUGUGCCUUGAGGAACAAACCACUUCUGAAGAGGCCCUGGAAACUGUUCCAGUGCCAGAGAAAUCCACAGCACAAGAUUAUACUGUCCCUCAGGGAAGCAGUGAGGAAGAGAAGAGUCCAAGUGAAGAAAAAGCCUUUCCAGACACACCACCAUCAAGUGAGAUAAAGGAAAGUGGUUCUGUUCCUGAGCAACCACCGGUAUCAGAAGAGGGUGAUGUGGCAGCUGAUAGAACAAAAACACAAGGGAAUCAGAGUAACCAAAUAAAAGACAGCCAAAGCUUUACCUGCCCUGAAAGGCCCACGAAUCUUGCACUGAAUCUUCAUAACAUGUUGUCAGCAACUGGGAGCUUUCGGAGUCCAUCUGACCCCUGGGCAGAUAAAAACAAACGUCUUGGUCAGAGGGCAACCAAAGACCUGGAUAGUCCCACUUCUUCUGCAAUCCAGAGAUAUGUGGAUGACCCAGAGAAGCUGAAGUACAAGAGGGAGAAGUGGAAAGGCAAGAGACAGUCUGAUGCUGGUCAGAAUGAUGUGCUGAGUCAAUCCUUGGAUGGAAGGACACGUGUGGAUAAGUCUCCUCAGGAUCAACUGGAGAAGAAGGGGAGUUCAGCUUCAUUAAGUGAUCUCUCAACACUGGCCCAGACUGUUGCCAUGAAUCAGCAAUCACCAGAUACGAUAGAAGAAGAAAAAGGCACCAAGAAAUACCCUGUACAGAAGAAGCCCAGUGACCACUUACCUACCUUGGAGAUGGCUGUUCCUGUGCAACCAGCAAGUCAGCAGGGAGAUGCCAAGUCUGCUUUUAAAAGUCCUUUGCGUAGACUUUUGGGGAAAAAGCCGGACAAGAAAAUUCCAAAGGAGAGCUCUGAUAUGAUUGAGGAAGGAGAUGGCCUCUCCCUUGUAUCUUGUGUCCUCUUUACAGACACAGGAGGAACUCAGAAAGUUUCAGAAGCUUCUUCUGGGCAGCCAGGCCGCCCCCAGGCAGUGAAGGAGAUCAGCAAAGCAAAGAAGAACAGGACCAUAAAGAUCAGCAAAAUCUCGAGCGUGUCCCAGAACUGGCGAGCAUCCAUGGUCCGUGAGAUUGCAAAUGCCAAUGAGCUGAAACACCUGGAUGAGUUCCUCCUCAACAAGAUCAAUGACUUACGCUCCCAGAAGUCUGGUGUUGAGUGUUUGUUUUUUGAAGCUACAGAGAAGUUUAGAGGAAACAUCAAGACCAUGUACUCUGCUCCUAAUGGACAAAUCCAUGUUGGCUACAAAGAUCUGGUGGAAAAUUACCAGCUUCUAGUUACAAAUCUGGCCCAAAAAAGAGAAGAGAAAGAAGUCAAGCUGGUUUUGAAUCUCUUUCAAUCCCUUCUGGAUGAAUUCAUCAGAGGAUAUACAAAAAAAGAGGAAUCUGAGCAGCCCAAGCAAACCAAAGCCCAGAAGAAGAAACGAAAACAAGAUCGUGCAACCGAAGAACACAACGGCCACGUGUUCACAAACUAUCAAGUGAGCAUCCGGCAGUCGUGUGAGCACUGCUCAUCCUACAUCUGGCCCAUGGAAAAAGCCUGUCUGUGCAGUGUUUGCAAGUUGACUUGUCACAAGAAGUGCAUGUCCAAAAUCCAGAGCAGCUGUACUUCCUGUGGGAAAAAGAAUGAGCAGGAUGCAGAACCGCGACACUUCGGAGUGAGUGUGAGUUCCCUGACCAGUGAGAGGAACUCGGUCCCUGUUGUCAUGGAGAAGUUGCUAGAGUACGUGGAGAUGCACGGGCUCUACACGGAGGGGAUCUACAGGAAAUCAGGGUCAGCAAAUCGGAUGAAGGAGCUCAAACAGUUGCUGCAAGCAGAUCCAAACUCAGUGAAGCUGGAGAAUUACCCUAUUCACACCAUCACGGGGAUCCUUAAGCAGUGGCUGCGGGAGCUGCCAGACCCACUGAUGACAUCAGCACAGUACAACGAUUUCCUCCGAGCUGUAGAACUACCAGAAAAACAGGAGCAACUCUGUGCCAUUUACAGUGUCCUGGAACAGCUCCCACAAGCAAAUCAUAAUACCCUGGAGCGACUCAUCUUCCAUCUUGUCAAAGUGGCUUUGAUAGAAGAUGUCAACCGUAUGUCACCCAAUGCCUUGGCCAUUGUGUUUGCUCCAUGCCUCCUGCGCUGUCCGGAUACCUCUGACCCCUUAACCAGCAUGAAGGACGUUUCAAAAACAACCAUGUGUGUAGAGAUGCUCAUAAAGGAACAGAUAAGGAAGUACAAGAUAAAAAUGGAUGAGAUCAAUCAGCUGGAGGCAGCAGAGAGCAUUGCUUUCCGACGGCUCUCGUUGCUCCGGCAGAAUACAAGUAAAAGCUCUCAGGUCAAAGGAAAUGACAGUGGCACCUCAGAGCUGGACUCGGUGCAUGAAGAUGAAGAAGUUUCUGAAGCCAAUAACCGGGAAAAGGAGAUUCUCAUCGAUCGCAUACAGUCAAUAAAAGAAGAAAAAGAGGACAUAACUUACCGGUUACCUGAGCUUGACCAGCGGGGCUCCGACGAGGAAAACGUGGACUCGGAGACAUCGGCAAGCACAGAGAGCCUGCUUGAGGAUAGGACAGGCCGGAUGGAUACCGAAGCAAUUAUUGGAUUACACUGCCGUGCUCAGAGCUCCAGCCUGCCUGCCAAAGACAUUUGCAAAGUGCCUUCUCUCCCACAAACCUCUUCACAUUCCUACUCUGCAUCCCUGGCUUCAAGGCGCAGAUACUCUCUAACACUGUCCAAGAUGAAAGUGCCCCGUCGAACUCCAGUGAUGCCAACAGCAAAUAUAAAACUCCCUCCUGGGAUGUUCAAAUGUACAGAAUCGCAGGAUGGGGUUUCUGCUAACAAGGAGUCUCAGGUGGUGAGACGUAGGGAGCAGCCAGCAAGGCGGACUGACAGCAUCCACUCGGUAUACGUUGCACAAGGGUCUGCACUGGCCCACACUCAGGAACUCGUGGAUGAAUAUGAACCAACUGCAAAAGUCAAACGGAGGUUCUCAGAUCCUUAUUCUCACAUUCCCUGUAUGGAGAAGUGAAAUAAUUCAGCUCUCUGGACUUUUUUUGAAGUUGACCACAGCUUUUGGCUUUAACCCUUUGAAGGCUGUAAACUUGUGUUUAAGUGGCUGCCAGGAAGGCAACCUGGAAAUGUACAGUACUGUAAAGGUUCAGCAAGGUUGUUUAAAGCAAAUAUUUUCCACUUUAAAUUAAAACCUUGCAAAAAAGCUAAAAUUUAAUGCUGAGUAAAAUAUGUGGGUUGAGUGUACAGGAAACAAGCCCCCCCAGUUCCACUGCUGUGCCUUUUUCCAUUUGCCUUACAAUGGACUCUCAUGGGACCAACAGUGAGUUUAGGUCAAUGUGUGUUGCCUUAAUUUUUUUUAUGACAAUUUUCUGUGUGGUUUACAGAACUGUUUAAUGUAAUAGCCUUAACUGAGACCAAAAUGUAUAAAGAAGUUUAUUAAAACGUUGCACUUUUAAAAAAA